UAUUGUUUCACAUCCUAGCUAUUGUAAAGUUGUAUGUGUUUCAUACAUUUUGACGGUUUGAAUUAAACAAAAGAUGUAAUAUGAAAACUUCCGUUUAUGUUUUAUAUAUAUCAAAAGUCAACAAGGAUUCUAUUUCUCUUGUGUAUUUUCAUACCAAUUUUAACAUUAUGUAUUUACUCUGAAAUGAAUGUGAUUCUUGUAUAUGUUGGAUACCUUCCUUGUUCUUGGGCCAGUUUUCAGAUACAUCCGACACAAUCUAUUACACGGGUGGUAAACGCGCAAUCCAAUUCCCACUGGGAAUACGCUAAAAAUGGGUUGCGCGACUUCCGGUGCUGGUGUUGCGCAUCAAUAUAUACAAAAUCGAGUUAGCAAAAUGUCUGGUUUGGACUUUAAAUGGAAGAUGUUUCUGGGCUCCAUGCUGGCAUGCCUUGUAAUUCUGAUACCAACGGCCUACAUACCGAACUCAAGUUAUAUUUACAUUGAGCCUCAACCUAGAAACGGGUCAAAACUGGACUCUUCGCACCUAGACAUAGGUAAUAUCAUUAAAAAUGGAACCAAAGAAAAGAUGAUUACUCUGGCAAGAGUCAUUAACAACGCAAAGAAGCAUGUUCGAGGGUCUUUAACGUCAGACUAUCUGCAAAAUGCUGUGUCUAUCAUGAACAGUAUAUUAAAGGAAAUAGAUGUGGACAUAGGAAAUAUUUAUAAAAGGCCUAGUGCGAAAUCAACACAUAUUUGUUCAGAAUCUUUCAAGGGAGGCGAGUUUGGCUAUCCACUAUAUUACAAAGGAUUUGAGACCGACAGCUGCGAUUAUGGAGUUCCAGUAUCCAGUCUUGUAACCGUUAUUAAAUAUAUAGUUGUAAAACCUAAUGAUGUAGAAUCUAAGUGGGUUGAACUUGAUCAACUUCUAUCGUCUGUAUAUGCCACCAUGAGCAAUGUUAGUACUUUAAUAGCAGUGAAUGCUGAAACGUUUCCAAAUGAUCUGGAAUCGAAAUAUCCGCAGGUAAGUAUAAUUCAGUCAAAUGAUAAGUCUGAGGGAGCAGCUCUUAACAGUAUAAUAAAAGAAGUGAAGACGCCGUAUGUUUUAGUUGCAAGGAAUAUGAAUACCAUGACAAAUGAUUCCAGAUUAGAACGACUGGUUAGAGAAAUAGAAAGUUUGAAUGUGGUCGCUGUGGGUGGUUCGUUUCGUGAUUUGAAGGGACAUUGGAAAAAAGGAUGUUUCCAAACUGUUUAUCGAAAUUACACUUUGAAGUAUAUUGAAGGUUAUGACGAGUCUUUUCACGAGUGUCUGUUUUGUGAUUACAUACAGGGACCUUUUGUUACAACUACCAGUUACUUAAAACAAAAUGUAUUUCAAGAAUUUGAUGAAAACAACGGAUUAUACGAAGACUGGUUUCUCCGAAUUUUUCAGAAAGGAAAGGAAACGGUUGUGUGUCCAGACGCAAUGUUUAAUGUUAAUACUAGUAUUAAAAGUACUCGGUCAGAUUCCAGCUGGAAGAAUUUUGCUCAAAAAUGGAAUGUAUUCAAAGUGCUAACCCCUAAAGGGCAUACAGUUUCUCGAGGUUGUGAAAAGCAGAAAACUUCGAGUAGGCCCUCACAAGCGUUGUCGCCAUGUGCUUUGCAGAAAUAUAGUAAUGCUGUAAAAAUCAUUAUGCGAAAUUGUGAGGAAACAGGCGUCAUAUGUGAACUACAAGAAGGCACUGCAUUAGGUGCUGUAAAGCUUGGAAAGGUCUUCCCGUGGGACUUGGACUUCGAUUUAAGAUUUCUAACUACGAACUGUUCGAAAUGCAAGAAGCUUGAAAGUGCCUUGAAAAAAACACGUGAUUUAAAAGUUGGCCGUUUGUCAUCUUCUUGUUGCAAUAAGAAUCUUAAGUCAGACAGAAUCACUUUUGGCCUUUUGUUCAAAGGCCAGUAUGGUGAUUUCACCGGUCAUCCUGUUAUGGACAGCGACUUUCUUAUCAGAGCAGGUUUAGCACCUACGAAAGUACUGUUUGAUGGACAAUGGGUAAAUGUGCCAAGAAAUCCUGGAAUGUUUGUGAGAAAUAGAUAUGGCAAAGAAAUAUAUCAACAUGCUGAACAUUGGAGAUACAGCGGAGGCGGAAUAAAAAAUCAUAGGCUUAACUACACAACUAAUGUAUUUUUGCCAUGUAAAAAACCCGGUUGGCAUGAUUGUUUGGACAGGUAUAAUGCAGAUGGCGACUUACCAUUCAUUGGAAUGCUUCCGUAACGUCCGUUUCAUAUGUAAUAUUUAAAGUAACUUGGCUUUAUUGCCUUGCACCUGUAAUGCUAAUUUCAUUUUAUAUCUAAAUAAAUUGUUUUUGUAUUUUC